GAACACUCUCAGUUUGACAUGACAUGAGCCGUCAGACGUCCGAUUUUUGAAGUGUUUAUUUUAAUAGAAGAAACAUUGUGCAAGGCGGUUAUGGAUCAACCAAAUGAGCGUGGUCGUGGUCGUGGCCGUGGUCGUGGCCGUGGCCGUGGCCGUGGGCGAGUUGGUGUCAGCGCGAGAAGUUUGAAUUUUGGAAUAUCUCCAACACCAGGCCCAAGCACCACUAAUGCAGUACCGACUUCAAUGGCUGAAGAAAUAAAAAAUAUAAAAAUAAACAAAGCAAAAGAAAAAAAUGCCAUCAAAAUUCUUUCCUUGGAGCAGAGAACAAAGCUCCUUGCUCUGAGGGAAAAAAAACAAGUGGGACAUUUUUUGAUGCCUGACGCCCCACCUAUGAAAAUGAAGAAAAAGGGAAAUAUUUCGCCUGAGCGCAUAAAGUGCCCUUUAACUCCCGGCACACCGGAAGUUCCACCUCCCCGCGUUCCCCAGGCUUGGGAACUUAAAAAAAGAAAAAUCACACCAGAUGCAAACGGUCCAUUCAGCUACACAGUAGAACCGGAAAAUGAUAAUGUAUCAGAUAAGGAGGAGACCGCGUGUCAAACGCCGGUCAAACGCGCACGGCCGAGCACUUCAAAAGUUAUGUUCACACCAUCAACGGGGAUCACAACGUCGGACGACAUCUCCAACUGCCAGAUAGUAGACAGCGAAGUGGAACUGGUUGGAUUUUCUGAACCUGCCUCUCCGGUGCCCGGCGCGCUUCCACUGCCAGCAUCAUCAAAGGCAGUUUCCCCGUUUUCGAAACCUGCCUCUCCGAUUUCCGACGCGCUUCCACUGCCAGCAUCAUCAAAGGCAGUUUCCCCAUUCUCAAAUUUUUUAUUAGAAGAUAAUGGUGAAAUCGAUAAAGAUGUACUGGAGUGGGAGACUACUGGAAACAUAGGCAGUCAUGUCGAUGAAGAUGAAAAUGAGGCAUUGGAGGCCUUUGAUAAGGCAGACGACGUGGCAUUAAGGGAUUUGGCCACCGAGGAUAUGCUUCACUUCGAGUGGUCAAGUGAUGCAAAUGUUUUCAGGGGUCAGCGGGAAUCAUUUACGGGGGUUGCUGGUCCUACAUUUUUAACGGAAGGAUUGUCUCCAUUCCAAAUCUUUGAAAAGAUUUGGGAUGCAGACAUCCUUUCGUUAAUAGUGCGGGAAACCAACAAAUACGCCGAAGACAACAAAAAUAAUCCUGGCUUAAAAAAUGAGGCAGCUAUUAAAAGGUGGGUCCCGUUGACCACUGAGGAACUUUUGAUCUUUUUUGCAGUCAUCAUGUUUCAAAGUUUAAUACCCAUACCUGUUGAAUCAGAAUAUUGGCGGCCUAGAUAUGACUAUUUAAAAAUAGGCCGCUUCGCCGAUAUGAUGAGCUUCACAAGGUAUAGGCUUAUCAAAAAAUGCCUUCAUUUUGUGGACAACCAUACGGUUUCAUCUUCCACAAAUACCCCAAACAAAUUGGUUAAAAUUUUGCCAAUUAUCAACCACCUUAAUAAUAAAUUUAGCUCGCUAUACCUACCCGAGCAAAACAUCGCUAUUGAUGAAUCCCUAUUGCUAUGGAAGGGGAGGCUGUCAUUUGCACAGCUCAUAAAUACAAAAGUUGCUCGGGUGGGUAUAAAAAGUUACGAGCUAUGCGAAUCCAAGUCGGGAUAUUUGUGGAAGAUGAAGCUUUAUGCCGGCAAAGGGCAAGAUAUGCAAUUUGAAGUUCCUGAACGCGACGAUGCAGAGCCAGACGGUGCCACCAGCAAGAUCGUAUUUGAUUUAGUCCGACCUUUGCUAAAUCGGGGGCACACUCUGGUGAUGGACAACUUUUACAACAGCCCUUUGCUCUCCAGAGCCCUUAAAAAAUACAAAACGGACACAAUGGGGACGUUACGUCUUAGCCGCGAAUUUGUGCCCAACUGCCUCCAGUCAAAGACCAAAUGGAACAUGAGCACAGGGGAAGUGGCUUUUAGCCAAACGAGGGACCUUACGAUUGUAGUCUGGAAAGACUGCAAUCUGGUGUCCCUCAUAUCGACCUACCAUCAGGCAAAAGUCGGUGGAAAAGAAAAAUACGGAAAAUACAAAUACAAGCCGCAAGUUGUGCUGGAUUAUAACCUCUCCAUGGGUGGGAUCGACAAAAAAGACCAGUUGCUGCAGGCCUUCCCCGUGGAGAGAGUAAGAAACCAAACCUGGUAUAAAAAACUUUUCCGCCGACUUUUGAACGUUUCAAUCCUAAAUGCUCAUGUUCUUUUUGGUACUGGUGGCACGAGGUUGUCGUCGAGGGAGUUCAGGAGCCGUCUCGCCGACGAGAUGUUAAACAAAUUUCGUCCUCUGGCUCCCUCGACUUCAACCGUUGUGACGGAACAUUUUCCGGCUAAAAACUCCCAAAAAGGGGCAAAGGCACGUUGCAAACUGUGCCACAAAAAAGGUGUAGAUUCUCGCACAGUGUGGAAGUGCGAGAAGUGCGACAUAAGUUUGUGCAUGCCAGAAUGUUUUAAAGCUUUUCACUUAUACCUUAGUUCUUUAGAAAUUUCCCUAAAUGUAAACUAAUAUGGCCAACUGACAUUGACGAAUUUUUAGUCUAUGUCAGUUGAUCUACUAGUGAUGCGACAAAAUCUCUCGUUAAUCGCAAUUCCGUAAAUGUCAUUUACGGACUGCAACCACAGAUUACUUAUACUGCAACAGACGAUUAUUAGAUUUUUAAAGAUCGUUUGUAUAAUUAUUAAGAUCAAUCCCUCUUCUGAUUGAUAUUGAGAUCAGUAAUGUGAUCGUCAAAAUAGGAUCUUCUUAAUGAAAGAAUAUUUAAUUUUCCCUUUCUUUAUUUGUUUAGGAAAUAUAAUUUAAAUUAUACUGUGGGUCUAGACAAAGUGCACAAUAAAAUCGUAAACCAGUCGAAGUGGUCGAAAGGCCUUUUUUAUGUGACACUCGUCUGUAUAAUAAAGCUGAAUUCAAAGACUUCUUCGCAAAGUGUGUUGUUGCAUUUAAUGAAGAAAAAAUACAUUGUUGAAUAUAACCUCGUUUAUAUUUUAUUUUAAAUUAAUAUUAUCAAAGUAAUUGGUAAUUGAAAUAAUUGAAUACUUGAAAUAAAAUCGAUAAAAUUUACAGAUUAUUAUCUAUGAAUAUUGUCUAUGACUUACAGAUUUUCCAGAGAUAGGACCUAAAUUUAAACGUCAAAUGUCGAUUUGACAUUUUAAUAUGAAGCACAAAUUUUCACCAUCCAAAUAUUUUGUUAAAAUAUUUUGUUUUCAAUGUUAGAUUUCAUAUUUGUUUCAUCAUGAGAAUAAAGUUGGUUUCAUGAGCUUGUGAAAUAAUGUGUAUGAUAUUAAGAAAAC